UCGCGAGUUGCGGGCGAGGUAGGAUGUUCGCCGAUCCCGCUUCGCCGAACAAACGAUCGUUCGGAACUUCCUAACUUUGUGGCAACUUGUGAUGUGAAUAUCUAUGCUGGAAUUGUAAAUGAGUUUUUAAGUUUUUUUCGUUAUAUGAGUCUGCAAAAAUAAAUGAACUGUGGGAAAGGAAUAAUGAUUUAGUUCGUGUACCUAAGUACAGAGGACAAAGCUAAGAAAACUCAUUUGCGAUUUCACAAUAUGACUAUUGGAUGCUAUUGCUAUUGAACAAUUUAAAUAAGAAAUGGUGAAGUUAUUUGUGGAAGUGAAAAGGACCUGACAUUAUGUGCAAAAACGUGAAAAACGUAUCAUGGGAGACAGAGACUCUGAUGGGGACCCCGCCGAAGUCCAAGUGGGGGAGUUUUGAACCCCGAGCGGCGUUGUCUCAUGUGGGGCUGUUUGUGGCUCUCAUGUUGUACACCGGUGGUGGAGGGUUGGUUUUCCGAGCACUGGAGUAUCCUGCUGAAAUGGCCAAGCAAGAGUACCAUAGAGAAAGACUUCUAACCGAGAGGUGGAAUCUCAUACGUUUUGUAUCUGAACGAAACAAUGGCACAGAUAAUGAUGGAACUGAAAAAUUACUCAGCGAUCACUUAGCUGUAUACGAGAGGGUACUGGAAGAAGCGUCAUCCAGCGGUUUGGCGCUGGAAGUGGAGAAUAAUUUUCCACCGCUCGAAGAAAAAUGGAGUAUAUUGCAAGCUGUAUUUUUCUCUUCUACUGUGCUCACCACAAUAGGUUAUGGUAACAUAGUGCCAGAGACAUUCUGGGGCCGGUUAUUCUGUAUCGCAUAUGCGCUCAUUGGAAUACCUCUGACGCUCACCGUCAUCGCUGACUUGGGACGAGUGUUCGCGACGCUUGUCUCAAUUAUUGCUAAGCAACUACCCGCGAUGCCAAAAUGCUGCAGUCGAGUUUCCGAAGCAAAUCCCGCUGGGCAAAGAUCGUUAUAUGCCUUCGGGGCCGUAGGUUUUCUAUUCUUGUACUUGUCAGCAGGGGCAGGCUUGUUCAAAAUGUGGGAAGAUGAUUGGACGUUCUACGAUGGAUUUUAUUUCUGUUUUAUUACCAUGACCACUAUUGGCUUCGGUGAUAUCGUUCCUAAAAGACCAAAGUAUAUGUUAAUAUGUACAGUAUACAUUUUAAUCGGCUUGGCACUAACGUCAACGAUUAUCGAGCUGGUGAGACGGCAGUACGCCAGGUCUUGGCAGCAGCUGCGGGCGCUCUCCGGCCCCUUGGCUGACACGCUUCGAAGACUGGGCGAUGCCGGCCGCGGGGUCGACGUCUCCGCAUUGCACAGCGACCUUCGCAAAGUACUCACUGUGGUGACUAUGCCACGGUUGAGCAGCGCCGGAGGGAAUGCUCUCACUGACAAACGAAGACUGGAGUGGGAGGCUGCAGUAGAAGCCGUCAUCAGGGAUAUCACUGCGCCAGCGCCCACUCAGAAACCACCAAUAGUUCAGAUCGUUAUUUACGAGUCAUCAGUGUAAAACACCGAAUUUUUGUUAAUACUAGGCAUCAUUGCUAGUGUCAAUCGCCAUCACAUUAAUAAUGAAUUGCUUCCAUUAUUGCCACUACUGUUCCAUUAUUUCCAAUUAUAAUACGAGGCUUGAUCACGACCGCUCUCGUUCCGCGUGAUAUUUAGACAUUAUGCGUCAAAGUUCAAGGCUAGUUACCCUUGUUCGCUCGAAUUAAAGCACUCGAUACUUAAUCGCUGAAAUACUUGCUCGUUACGAAUACGAUUAGGGCAGUGUUAGUGAGUAAAGUAAUACGAUUAUAAUUCUUCAUACAGCGUGUGGUUCCGUGCGCGUGCCAAUGUCAGAAAAAGAAAUGACUCGGUGUUUAUACGCAUUGAAGAUUUUAUUUGACGUUUUUUGUUAAAACGUUAUGAGCGGCGGCGUAUUGUCUAGACAAGAGUGAUGAAUACAUUUAUUUUUAUAGGUUAUUCUCGUUAAUAGUUUAGCGUUUAAAUUGUUAGUAUGAUGUAUGUGUUUUGUUACAUUAAGAAUUCUUUAGAAAUUCAUUUGAAUUUGUCUGUGUCUUGGAAUAAUAAAUGAUGAUGCGUUUGGUCGCACUGUCUCGUCCCGUGGUGUUCGGAUCAUUAGCGUGAUUUAUUACACGACUAUUAUAAACACCUCGUAUAAACACGGACUAUGAUACUAAAACAAACAAUAAUAAAUAUAAUUUUCAUGAAGGGAAUUCAGUUUUUAAAGCCUGUGUUUUCCUACAUACAAAUUAAAUUAGAAUUAGCAUGUUUAAGCAUGAAAAACAUAUGUGUUUGUAGACAAGCGGGCAAUAGUUUUUGUGAUGUUCAUUAUUAUUUUAUUGUCCUAAAUUAAACGCUUAGAUUUAGUUGUGUUGGUACAUUUAUUUUUGUCUGAUGGAAGCAAAAUGUACACGGUUAUACAUUGUAUAAACAUGACAAAAUUGUGUUCAAGCUAUACCAAAAUAAUAUUUUAUGUACCUACUUGGACUAGGUCAUAUUAUUUAGGAAAUUAUUUAAUUGAAAAUGAUCAUAUGUAUAAGUAGUUAAAUUAUUAUAGAGCAAUUUUGUAUUAAACUGAACACUGUCUUCAAUUUCAGAUUUCAAUAAGUAGGCGAUACUAUAUCUAUUGAAUUUUGUAUUAUAUUUCACUUUAUGAACUGUGUUACUGCAUAUCUGCAUCAUUAAGCAUCGAUGCGCGUUUUUACAAACCCCAAAAAAAAAAAAAAAACAUAGCCCAAUAAGUAUUGUGUAAUCAAGAAAAAGCCACUGAAAAGUGACAAUACAUGGACAAUGGACAUACAUAUUUUUACUGAUGAAUACCAAAAAUACCUAUGUUUUUAUUUUAAUGUCAAAUAUUAUUGAAUGUCUCAUCAUUUUUACUGAUGUCUUAGCGUUAAUGCAGUGAUAAAAAGUGCGUGUCUUCAAACUUUUUCCCAUUUUUGUCUUGCCUGCUGCCCUUCCCAUAUUUCAAUAUAUGUACAAUAGUUACAUCUAAGGGUUGUAAUGUUUAUACAUUUUAAAACUUACAACAAUUACGAUGUUAGCAAUGCCUAGCAAAAUAUAGUCACCUUUACAAGUCAGUUGAUGAGGUAUUCGCUACUGACGAUGAGUGAAAAGAUUAUGAGUAUGCGCAAGCGACGCGAACAGAUGACCGCUUCUCACGUCUUUGAAUCUUUUAAAGACAUUAACCGUACCACAAACAUUUUUAAACGCCUGUUGAACACUUGUCUCAAAAAUGACAGAUUAUGAAGUUAGAACAAGGUCCGUUUUGCAUCCAAAUUUUUUAAAGACAAGUGUUCAACAGACGUUUAAAUUGUUGUAAGGCCAUAAUUGUUUAAAUUUAUCACAAGACAACAUUUCUAGCAAGUAACAGCUAGAAAUGUUGUUAGCUAUCACAUCCUGUAAUAGUGUAAUUUUGGCAGAUGUCGUUACUUCAUAUGUAGUCUUUGUAAACUCGACGAUACAAUAAUGACCGUAUUUUUAACGCUGUUUGUUACUUUAAUACGCAAUUUGAACUGAAGCUGGAAUUUCAAUAAAAUUGUUCAAUAUA